AUGGCUGCUAUGGCUAUCCUUGCCUAUUCUACCACUAUCUCUCCUGUUACUGUGGUUAAGGAGGAGGACCUUACAACUGAUUGCCCUGUGGAAGACUACGUAAUUGUGCUGCUGGCGGCUUUUGCUUGUGCUGCUGCGAUUGAAAAGCGAUGCAGAGCCAGACCAUGGGUAUCGCAACUACUACCCUUACUAUCCAGACCCUAUGGUUACAAUCACUACCCUCACAAGAGAUCUGCCGAGCCAGAACCAGAGGCUGAGGCUUCCCCCUCCAAUGGAUACUACCCUGUCUACCAUUCUUAUCUCACCAUCACGGAAAGAGGUCGGCCGAUCCUUACGCUUAUGCUGAGCCUUACCCUUAUCCUUACCCUUACGCAGAACCUUCCAAUAACUAUGGCUAUCCUGGCCCAUACUACAGCUACCCUUCCUAUUACUCAGGUUAAGGAGAACUUGACUGCUGGUCUCAAUCUGGAGAUGCUACACUCACUCACAAGUGGCCACGGUGAACACCCACGAGCAACAAUGAAGUUCCUGGUAAUUGUGCUGCUGGCGGCUUCUGCUUGCGCUGCUGCAAUUGAAAAGCGAGAUGCAGAGCCAGACCAUGGGUAUCGUAACUACUACCCUUACUACCCAAGACCCUAUGGUUACAAUCACUACCAUCACAAGAGAUCUGCCGAGCCAGAAGCAGAGGCUGAGGCUUCCCCCUCCAAUGGAUACUACCCUGUCUACCAUUCUUAUCCUCACCAUCACGGAAAGAGGUCGGCCGAUCCUUACGCUUAUGCUGAGCCUUACCCUUAUCCUUACCCUUACGCAGAACUUUCCAAUAACUAUGGCUACUAUGGCUAUCCUGGCCCAUACUACGGUUAAGGAGAACUUGACUGAUGGUCUCAGUGGAGCAUAAAUGUGGAUUUUCUGUUGUUGCUGAUUCCGAAGUGUUUCAUGUAAAGACAAACGAUUAAAUUAAAAUACAGCAAAAUCUA